CCGUCGCCAAUUGACUGAAUUUGAAAUUGGUAUCUUUCAAUUCCUCAUCAUCCGUAGGCCUGAAUCUCAAAAUCUCAAGAAUCACGCUUGUCUUUCUUCUACAACAAUUUUUUCCUCUUCUUCAUACGGCAGUCAUGUCCGCCAACCCUAAUUGCACAGUGUACAUCGGUAACUUGGAUGAACGAGUAAGUGAUAGGGUUUUAUACGAUAUCCUUAUCCAAGCUGGGAGGGUGGUUGACUUACACAUUCCUCGAGAUAGGGAAACUGAUCGACCAAAAGGUUUUGCAUUUGCAGAAUAUGAGACCAAAGAGAUUGCCGAUUAUGCUGUCAAGCUUUUUUCUGGUCUUGUCACUCUUUACAACAGAACAUUGAGAUUUGGAAUUUCUGGGCAAGACAAGUCUGCACAAAAUUCAAAUCCAAAUCUGCAAACCUCACCAAUGACUACAUCAAAUUCUCCUUUCAAAUCAAGGCCAAAUGUUGAUGUUUCUCCUGGGCCCAUUUCACCAUAUACACAAGUUUCCCCUAGUGCAGAUGUAUUUUCAUAUGUAAGUAGAUCUUCACAUGUGGAUCACAACAAUAAUGACCAUAGAAGAAGUCAUGGGGCAAAUCGGGAUGCCAUGUCAAACCGCUAUGAUGCAAAUAACCCACAUCAUGAUCGUCGCUAAAUCUAUUAGUAAUCAUGAUAAUGUUGUUAAUUGUGGAGCAUUAUUAGAUGAUCGAAACUUAGUCUUUUAGUAAUGUAGCUGUAGCAUCUGUAUGAAUUAAAUGUUUGAUAUUAGCUACAUCUGUGACGAUUGUUUUAGUUUGCAAUGGAAGUGUUAUGUGUUGCUGUUGGAUGAUGCGAAAUCAUGAAAUUAAGAUGGAAUUGUUAAAAUAAUAAAAAAGAAUAUAUAUUAUUUUGUUGAGCUAUAACAAAUGUGUUGCAAAUGUAAUAUUUUCAGGAGCAUGGAAGUUGCAUUGAUUAAUAAGAGAAUGCAGUUCCAUUUAUAAACAAAUGUCACUUAAAGAACAUGAUAUUAUAGUUGCUCCUCUCUUUACAAAUAAGUCAAAACUCAUGACUUUGUUCCCCACACUCGGCUUCCUCACAUCAUCAUCAAUGGUGAUUGAAGUUCUAUCCCUCUCAAUCACCCUCAUCAUUAUCAUCAUCUUCACUUUGCAUAGACGACUCGGACAAAACCUCCCACCAGGCCCAUGCCCAUGGCCCAUUGUUGGCAACAUGUACCAAAUAAGACCUAACGAUUUUCGUCUUUUAACCAAAUGGUGUCAUGUAUAUGGCCCCAUCAUAUCGUUUCAAAUUGGUUCCUCAAUCUGCAUUUCUGUGUCAAACCCACACUUAGCUAAAGAAGUUCUCAAGAACCAUGACAAUCAACUUGCAAAUAGACACAGAACGAUAGGGAUUGCAAGAUUUAGCAGAAAUGGCGAUGAUCUCACAUGGGCUGACUAUGGACCCCGGUUUGUGAAGCUCAAAAAGCUUUGUGUUGUAGAACUUUUCUCUCUAAAGAACCUCGAAGCACAUAGGUCCACGAGGGAAAAUGAUGUUUCAAUUAUGAUCGACUCCAUUAACAAAGAUUAUUGUGGGAAAGUUUUGGUAGUAAAGAAUUGUUUGAAGAAAACAAUGUUCAAUAUCAUUGCAAGAAUGUUAUUUGGCAACUCAUUGGUGUCUUAUAAUGGGGAGUUAAAUGCCAUCUUGGAGGCUCAGUUUCGCGCCAAGGUAUCAUUAGGUGUAGUGGAAGAAGUCUCGUGGCUACGGUGUCUUUCUUGGCUUAAAGACAACGAAAACAAAUGGAUUGGAUCGCGAAACCACCGAUUCUUUCAAGCAAUUAUAAUACAGAAAAAAGAAAACCAAAACACUAGCACCCACCAGAAUAAUUUAAGUUUCUUGGAUGCUUUAUUGAGUCGACGUGAAGAAUAUAAUCUUAGCGACAAUACAAUUAGUGGGCUAUUGUGGGACAUGGUGACUGCAGGGAUCGACACCAUUGUUGCCGCCCUAGAAUGGGCUAUGACCGAGUUGCUAAUAAACCCGGCGGUUAAGCGAAAAGCUCAAGAGGAACUAGAUAGGGUUAUAGGGUUUGGUGAAGUUAUGACUGACUCCGAUAUACCAAAUCUUCCUUACCUAACAUGUGUGGUUAAAGAAACCCUAAGGUUGCAUCCUCCUACGCCACUAAUGCUUCCCCACCAAGCCACAACAAACUUAAAGAUCGGAAGUUUUGGUGUUCCUAAAGGAAGUAGGGUUUACGUGAAUGUAUGGGCAAUCGGUCGUGACCCGCAUGCAUGGAAACAACCGUUGGUUUUUCAACCCGAAAGGUUUCUUGAAGAAGAUGUUGAUAUAAAAGGACAUGAUUUUAGGUUGCUGGCAUUUGGGUCGGGUCGGAGGAUGUGUCCAGGUGCACAGUUGGGGAUGAACAUGGUGACCUUAAUGUUGGGGAGUCUUUUGCACCGAUUCGAAUGGUCAUUGCCAGAAGGGUUUAAGGCAGAGGAAGUUGACAUGGUAGAGAUGUUAGGAAUAGUGGCUUACAAGAAGAUCCCACUGGAGGUUGUCCCUACUCCAAGGUUGCCUAAGCAUGCAAGUAGCAAGGAUGAGUAAGUUGAUUAAAGCUUGUUUGACAAAACUAGUUGGUAGUUAGUUGGUAGUUGGUAGUUGUUGCUUUUUAUUUGUAAAAAAGUCUUUCGACAAAAGUAGUUUUUAGCUUUUAAAGAUGUAAAAUUACACAAAACCAAAACUAAAAGUUGCAGAAGUUAAA